CCUGGGAAUCAGUUUCCUCGACCAAAUAACAAUAUCAACGACAAUGGUGAUCAUGGCCAUUAUCGUCCGACGUAUUACCCACCAACGUCAACAAUUGAUCGUCACGAACCACCACUACACGGGGAUAAGAGAUGUAUGAUAUGGUAUGGUUCAACAACUCGAAUGUUUUAUUUAUUUCUUUUUAAUAACACAAUGGAGUUUUUAUUAUGAAGUGAAGGCAAGUUUUCAAGUACAACCCAAACUUAAAUUCAGUCUCGAUUACGCAAUUGUUCCAAAACAUUGGUUCAACAAAUAAAUAAAUUGUGCCAUGAAUUAUGUCAUAAUUAAUUUAGGGAACUGCACUAACAUUCAAGGUUAAGAUAAAACAAAACAUAAACUUUUUGGGAAGUGACUUGCAAGAAUGUACCCUUUGUGAAGAGGUAAAAAAUAUUUUGUACUUAAAUAUGAGCUAAUCUCAUGGAAUUUAUAAAGUUUUACUUUUUUAAUGGACGGACGAGUGUCAAUUUCUAAAUCAUAUCAUAUGUACAGCAAGGACCUCAGUUAAAAUAUGGCAAAUGCUGAUACAAAAAUUCCUAAACUUUGCACGCUUUGCACCUUUCAUAAAUGAAUUCAAUCUUCUUUACCAGAAGCAGAUCAUGGCAUCCAGUGAGGAGAAACAAUUCGGUCGAAUAUUCUAGAGAAGCAUGAUCCACUUUUGAAUUCUGAUACGUAUUAUAAAGGAUGAUAAGAUAAACAAUUAAUGCUACGCCAGCAGUUCCAAUCUCAAUUUUACUGCAGUUAAUCUUUACUCUCAUUCUCAUUUAUGCUGAUGAUUUUUAUGUUGCACUUUCCCCAUCUUCAGCACUUUGUUGGCCACAGGGUGAGAUGCUGGCGCAGGGUUCAGAGCUCGAUUCGAGCACCUUUCUCUCUCGUCCUGCCUGCUGCUGGACUUGAUUUUUUAUGGUGAAAUAUUAUACUGGUCUAAUUCUUCGUCUAAUCGUAAGAAAUCUCAGUGUACAUCGUCACAAAUUAAUGAUUAAAUAAUUAUUUAUCUACUCAUCAACUUCAUAGUUCUGCUACAGUAUUUGGUCCAGUGACUGACUAUUCACUCACAAAAGUUCUGUCGUCUAUCUUAACUAUUUUCAAUUACUUUUUACCUUCUUGUCGUUAUUUCUUGGUCUCUGGGGUUUGGAAGUUGGUAGUUUUGUUAAAUUUCAUGUACAUUCUAAUUUGGUUUUGGACAAUUUCUUAAAUUUGUACUGCCACUUUGGUGUCAGGUUGCUUCCUUGCUAGCUGGUUCUUGUAUCUUUUGGUUUUGUGUUUUGGUUAACUUUGUUUAAAAUAGAGUACGGUGGUGGGUCGGGUCGCGUCGACUUUUAACUGUGACUCAAAAUUAAGAUAGUGGAGACAAAUAUUUAUCAAUGACUCAAAUGCAUUAAGCGUAUUGCCCAUAGAUAUUGUAACUUUAAUCGAAAAGAAGAAUAAGAAAUGUGGAAAGAAAGAUUUAAAAAAGUUAAUGUGUAAUUGAAUAACCGUUCCUGUUCAAAAUCAGGAAUACAUUCACACCAAAAAUGGCGUCUGACGUGGAAGAAGGAGAAAUACGAGAGUCUGAAUGUCUUAGUCCACUGAGCGAUGAAGAUGAUGACGAUCCAGAACGUCAAUAUGGUCACAAAAGGAGGCGAAUGAUGAGACGUAGUACGGAUACAAGAGGAAGACCACCAUCUUCGUCUUCUUCAUCCCGUCAAGUCGAUAUACGUCACCAAUAUCGACGACGAUCUUCAGAACAUUUUACUUCCAGGACUAGAUUGAAAUCCGGAGAUGGAGGAAUCAACUAUAAGUCUAGUUCUACAGUAUCAUCCAGUGAUAAUAGAAAUCGUAGUCAUUGUAAUAAUACUCGUAGCAAAAGAAAUUCAAAUUACGAUGAAAAGGCUCAUAAAUAUAGGAAAGAAGCACCUGGUCCAUCCGAAAAUGGCUCAUCGUCAUUAAAUUUCUCAAAUCACAGCUAUAGAAGAAGAAGAGCGUCAGAAAAUAUUCAUAGUGCUAUUGAAAGUGAGAUGCGUAAUAGUGUUUCACAAAUGGUAGAAAAUCCCUUAGCGAAGAUGCAAGAAACACGCGUGAUUAUAUAUUGUGAUCCUCCACUCUCGCCUGACCAAACCCAAGUAAAUUCAAUGAACCAAGAGAAAAAUCAACUGCCACAAGAAAAUAUAAUUGAGGAGGAAGACAAUGAAGUUGAAGUGCUGUCAAUUAUAGACAAAUCAUCCCGAAUAGCAGAGUUAAUUGUGAUAGAUUCAACAUCAAGUUCUGAAUCCGAGGAAGCGGACACAGAUUUUGACGAUUUUAAUCCGGACCUCCUUGAACACUCCCUCGCUACAGUACCAAGUAUAAUUCCAGUCUCGCCAGUUCAAUUGAGUACGUCAUCAAUGGAUGACCUAUCAUCUAAUUCUGUAAGUUUACUUGAUACUGCUACAAAUUUGGAUUUGAUUGUCGCGAAAGACAGUUCAACAAGUUCUACAAGAGUUAGCACCCCCUCGCUGGUCGAUACAAGCUUGCAUCAAGUCGUUGAGCCUUCUCUUAGUGAUCAGAAUGAACUUCCUCCUAUCGUGGACACAAACGAAGCAGAAGUUGAAAACACAAGUCUUGUAAAUAUUUCAUCAGAAGGAGACGAUGAGGAGGACUUGGAAGUUCUCGAGUUGAGGAUAAAGGCAUUGAAGGGAUUAAUGCAAGCGUUUCCUUCGUCGCAACCGUUGGAGCACGUAACGAUUAUAAACAACGUGAUACAAAAUGAUAAUGUAACACAUUCAGAGUCAAAACUUGUUGAUGCCAAUUUAACCCACAACUCUGAUGGUGCUUCUCAGAAACAAGUUGACGUAGCAGAAUCAACCUUCUCCUCAGCUUUCGCUGACAACAACGAAAAAGAGAACGAAAUUGAGUUGGAACUUGAUCUCCUUAGAAGAAAAUUGCUGUCUGAUUUGGCAAAGCAUAAAAAUAAGAAGCAAGCAGCUCAAGAACAACAAAUUAAGACUAGACCAACAAAUAACUCUUCUAAAUCUAAAUCGAUUAAAUCCAGAGAUCGCACUACUAGUAGAUCCAGUUCUGCUCGAGUUUCUGGAAAUAAGAAAUCAUCUUCAAACUCGACCCACCGCAAUAAUUUCACUCAUUCGUCAUCUUCUGCGUAUCGUACCCGUAGAUCUUCAAUAAGUUCAAUAAAAGCCUCCACUUCCAAAUCAACUUCCAAGUCUUCGACUACUUCUUCAGCUCUAAGUAGCAUGAACAUGUCUACAAUUUCCAUAUCGGUCUCAAAAGAUGGAAAACAUAGGACAGUCGUCUCUCGCGAAGCAAAUGUGCCCACAACAAUUGAAUCCCCUUUGGCUCCUAUUGUUAUUCAAUCCCCGUCGUCUACUAAUCCGCAUAGGAUAGUGCGUUUGAUGGAACCAGCUCCUCUAUCAAUUAAUGUUCAGCCUAAUACAACUACUCCACAACAAAGUACUCCUACUCAAGAGACGGUUAAAAAGUCAAGUUCUUCCUCUGAUGCCCAAAACAAAAGGGUCAAUAAUAAAAGAGGGAAAUCAUUGUCACCUAUAAAGCGGAAGCAAGUCACAGUUUCUUCUUCGGGGGUUCAAAAAGUUCUUACCAAGCAAAAUUCUAGUGUGAAAUGUUCACUCUCUAAUAAAAUGACCCCCUUUUCUCACAAAAGUGCUGUAGCUUCGAAACAUACCUCGCUCCUCCCCAAUAACGAAUUCGUAAUUCCCCGGACCCCGAUGAAGCCAAACACAUUCAAAUCAAAAUAUAGCUCAAAGAAAAGUUACCAUCAGGCACUUGACAGGAUGUCUGCAGUCGGGAAAAAAAUUCAACCUAUUGUGAUCCAGUUACGUAACAAUGACGAAUCAACAGAAGAGGAAGAUAAUGACGAGGACGAAGAAUUAAAAAACAGUUCGGCAAACCUGCCACAGGAAUUUCAUUCAUCUUUGGACAAGUUUUUGAAAUCUGUACGAGAAAGUGCAACUAAGAAUGGAGUUAGUGGAAAUCUGUUUCAAAAGAAUAGUACAAGUAAUCAGGCUCCAGUAGAUACUUUGAUGCAUAAAACUUUAUCCCCCACUAAUGUCAAUAAUAAUAAUACUCUUCCUCAAAGUUUAACGGUAAGGGUAGAAACUAAUGCUACCAGGAAAAUAUCUAAUAUUGUAGAGGACACCGGAAUUUCUCGAGAGCGGAAUCUCGAAAUUCCACCUCUCCAUGGUGUUCAAAAUGUGACAUCAACCUCAACUAAUAGUGCUUCCGACUUGAUCACUGUUGAACAAACCAAUACUUCUCACUCGUCUGCUUCCAAUUCUACCAGUAUAAUUGACGAUACAAAUAAUUCUGAAAGUUCGUCAUCACCACAGGAUAAUGCCUCUGCAAGCAGUUCGCAUGGAUCUGCUGAUUCUCCAUAUCAAUUAAAACUCAGUUCACCCUUGAUCUCACCUGUAACACCUCAAAACAAAGUGCAAUCGAGUCCUCCAAAAUCAAAAAACAUUCAGCAACAAGUUCAGGAAACUAGCACUACCACUCAAAUAGCUAAAGAAGUCUCAUUUAUGGAGAAAGUAGAUGCAGCCCUGCGAUCACAGGAUGAUACCACCAGCAGUACCAGCAGCAAUGUUAAACAAGCAGCAUCACCCACAUCCAAAAAUCCUGGUUCUACAACAUCUUCAAUAACAAACGGGAAGUCGUUAAAGACACGUCGAAAAGAAGCCAACACUGGAGAAAGCUUGGCUGAUCAAUUUACUCGUACCCGUGAAGAGCUUCAACUCCGAGAAAAAAUAUUAAGAGCAACGUUCAAGAAGAGUGAAAUAAAGAUAAAGCUAACUAUGACUGAAAAAGAUUUUCUAACGUCUAGAAAAUCUGCAACACACCUCUUAGGAUGUGCGAUAGAUACGAUAAAUCUACAAUCCGAAAAGAAAGUUCAGUGCAAUCGUAUCGAACAGCAAGUUGAGAAACUAAAAAAGCAGCUACAAGUGGCAGAAAGAAGCUUGUAUGUGAAAAAGAUUGAAGCAGCUGAACUGCAUUCAGAUGCAGUAUCUACAAUUUCGAAAGCAUUUGACAUGCGAGCUAAAUCAGUCACUUUUGGUAUUGAGUGUAAAAAGUUGGGAAGUGAACUAAGUGGUGAUUUAUAUAAAAUUCCGUCCAUGGGGGCUGGUGAUAUGUUGACAAAGUUUAAAGAAAUUUACAAGCUUACGACAAAUGACGAACUAAAGAAAGGCCCAAUUAACUUCAAGAAAUUAGAAGAACAAAUAAUAACGUCGCUAGAAGGCCAUAAAGUAGCUGAACCGACAACUCCGUGUUCUGACAUUAGAUCCAGUCUUGCAUCUACAAAAAAUAUACCUGACAAAAAUUCCCAAACGUCUGCGAGAGAAACUGGUGGCUUUAUUGCCGGUUGUCUUACCCGACAUUGUUUAGCACCUGAUAGGCAUGUCACAUUUACGGAUACCCCUUUACCUGCUACUCUUAUGGUAACUUUAGACGCAGAGCAUAACGGCAAGUUUGUUCCAUACGUGUCCUGCCUGAUAAAUUCCAUCGUGUUAAGUAAAUUCAACUGUAGAGGUAUCGUGUGCCCGCACAUCGUUAACAGCAACUGUAACUCCAAAAACUGCAAGUUUCAACACAUUCCAAUAAGUCCUCGCAGUACCAGGUAAGUUUCCAUGAAGAGACACUGUCGUGCCAUACAGUUCGGCUGGCUGUGAAUCAUGUACAACUAACUCUCUUAUUAUUCAAAAAUUUGUGUGUCAUUUAGUUUAUAUUCCUUAGGUUUCGUCUUACUAUUAAUUUUCUUAAUAUUAUUUAGCCUAUUACCUUUCUUUUUUUCGUUCAGUACCAGUUUCCAUUCAACAGUACUGUACGGUCUUUCCUCAAUGAUUAUUUUCUCUUAAUUUGUUAUCUAAUGUCUCUUAGUCACUAUACUUUGAUCCAGUAGUGUCUUGAAAUGCCAUUUACUAUUGCAGUUAUAAUGUAAAUGUGUCCAUUUGUUUUGACUUAGUAUCACUUUUCAGUCCUCCAGCAGGUCUAUAGAUUACAAUAUUAUUUUUUUUGUGAUAUUCUGUCAGGCCAUGACCAAUUUUUAGUUUGAAAAUAUCACGUGCUAGUAUAUAUAGGUGAGAAUUGUGUCCCCUACAUCAAGAUGGGACUCUUCUGUCCCCGUAUCAUAGGGAAAGCCGAUAAAUAAUGGCGAAGAAAUUGACCACGGGGCGGAAAUGCUGCUUCACUACUCAAUAUAUACUUACAUAGACUGAAAAGACUAUUAUUAGCUCCUUCCUAUUGCCCCACGAGUACAAAAGUCCGAGAUAUACAUUAAGUGAUUCUAGUUCAAGGGUUUCUUUACCCCAAAGUGUUCACAAGAAUGAUGACACAGCAACGCAACGCUUCCUCUUCGCAUAUCUUCUGAAGAUAUCGACAUGCGUAAGGUACACAGUGAUAUGAGCUUAACAAUAUCGUACUUAUACAUGAAUAUAUAUAUAUGUCUUGACACUUCCUAUGAAUACAAAUACUUUUGUUUUAUAAUGUAUGUAUCAAGUAGAACGAACUGUGAAACUUUAUUUUUAGUAUCAUGCAUACAUAUGUAUCGUCACAUAUUGUGAAGGUUGGUUAACUAAUAAAAAUUGAAAAUAUUUAUAAAAAAUAAA